CUGGCCGGGCUGGGCGGCCAGGGCAGCAUGAACUACCCCACCAUCCUGCCCUCCCCCGGCGGCAGGGGCCAGGCCCUGCCCAAAGGGAGGAAGAACGGGAAUUCCGCGGCGGCCGUCGGGAGCAGCCCCGGGAGUUUGGGCCUGGAUUCCUACGGGAAGCUGCAGCAGCUGGUGGGAGAGCACGGUCUCCGCCGGACGCCCAGCCGGCUGUCGGGGCUGAGCGCGGCCGGGGCUCUGCCCAGCGCUGGUGGCCCCGGGCUGAGCUGCGAGCUGCAGGACUGUCCCUUCUGUGCCAGCCUCCUGGAUGACCCCGAGUUCGCCCUCAGUGACUCCGACAGCAACGGCGACUCCGACAGCAACGGCGUCUACGAGUUCACGCAGGACCUGCGCCACGGGGACCACCGGGACCAGCUCCAGCAGCAGCGGGGCAGGAGGAGGAGGAAGAAGAAGAAGGCCAAGGAGAGGAACAAGGUGGUGAAGCUCUGGAAGGCGUUCGGCACCAAACUCAAGAGGAUCGUGGAGAGCAAAUACUUCAACCGUGGGAUCAUGAUCGCCAUCCUCAUCAACACCCUGAGCAUGGGCAUCGAGUACCACGAGCAGCCAGACGAGCUGACCAACGCCCUGGAGAUCAGCAACAUCGUCUUCACCAGCAUGUUUGCCCUGGAGAUGCUCCUCAAGCUCCUGGCCUUUGGCAUCUUUGGCUACAUCAAGAACCCCUACAACAUCUUUGAUGGGAUCAUCGUGGUCAUCAGUGUCUGGGAGAUCAUUGGGCAGUCGGACGGGGGCCUGUCCGUGCUCAGGACGUUCCGGCUGCUCCGCGUGCUGAAGCUGGUGCGCUUCAUGCCCGCCCUGCGCCGCCAGCUCGUGGUGCUCAUGAAGACCAUGGACAACGUGGCCACCUUCUGCAUGCUGCUCAUGCUCUUCAUCUUCAUCUUCAGCAUCCUUGGCAUGCAUCUUUUUGGGUGCAAGUUCAGCCUGAAAACCGACACGGGAGACACGGUUCCAGACAGGAAGAAUUUUGAUUCCUUGCUCUGGGCCAUCGUGACUGUGUUCCAGAUCCUCACGCAGGAGGACUGGAACGUGGUGCUCUACAACGGGAUGGCCUCCACCUCCUCCUGGGCUGCCCUCUACUUCGUGGCCCUGAUGACCUUUGGCAAUUAUGUGCUCUUCAACCUCCUGGUGGCCAUCCUGGUGGAAGGAUUCCAGGCUGAGGGAGAUGCCAACAGGUCAGACACAGAUGAGGACAAGACAUCUGCCAACUUCGAGGACGAGUUUGAGAAGCUGAAAGACCUCAGAGCAACAGAGAUGAAGAUGUACUCGCUGGCUGUCACCCCCAACGGGCACCUGGAGGGCAGGGGGGCCAUGCCCCCGCCCAUCAUCCUGCGCACGGCCGCCACCCCCAUGCCCACCCCAAAGUGCUCCCCACACCUGGACUCCCUGCACGCCCUCGGCGACUCCAGGAGGGGCAGCAACGCCUCGCUGGACCCCAUGGGCUACGACCAGAAGUCCCUGUCCAGCCUCCGCAGCUCCCCCUGCGCCAACUGGGCCACCAGCAGCACCUGGGGCAGCCGCCGCUCCAGCUGGAACAGCCUGGGCCGGGCGCCGAGCCUCAAGAAGAAGAGCCAGUCGGGAGAGCGGGAAUCGCUGCUCUCCGGGGAGGGCAAGGGCAGCACGGACGACGACUCGGACGACGCCAAGUGCGGCUCGCCCGGCCGGCCCUCGCCGCCGCCGCGCCGCGCCGAGUCCCCGGAUCGCUCGCAGGAGCUGCUGCCCGAGCUGCUGAGGGUGCCCUCGGUGCGCCAGCUCGGGCCCGGCCCCGCCGCCCUGCUGCCCGCCGAGCUCCGCGGCUGCAACGGCAAGAUGGGCCACGGCCCCGCCGAGCUCUUCCUCAGGGUGGACGGGCACAAGGAGGAGGCGCUGGACUACGAGGAGGACGCGGAGGACAGUUAUUGCUACCGGAUCCGCAAAGCCCUGGAGCCCUACAAACCCCAGUGGUGCAAGACUCACGAGAACUGGUCCCUCUACUUGUUCUCCCCACAGAACAGGCUCCGAGUGACCUGCCAGAAGGUCAUCGCCCACAAAAUGUUUGACCACGUGGUGCUGGUCUUCAUCUUCCUCAACUGCAUCACCAUAGCUCUGGAGAGACCAGACAUCGACCCCCUGAGCACGGAAAGGAUAUUCCUCAGUGUCUCUAAUUACAUCUUCACUGCCAUCUUCGUGGUUGAAAUGAUGGUUAAGGUGGUAGCUCUUGGCUUUUUCUCUGGGGAGAACACGUACCUGCAGAGCAGCUGGAACGUCCUGGAUGGAGUGCUGGUCUUUGUGUCCAUCAUUGACAUCAUUGUGUCCAUGGCAUCGGCAGGAGGAGCCAAAAUCCUGGGAGUCCUUCGUGUGCUGAGGCUUCUGCGGACCCUGAGACCUCUCCGAGUCAUCAGCAGAGCCCCAGGUCUGAAGCUGGUGGUGGAAACCUUGAUCUCCUCCUUGAGGCCUAUUGGGAAUAUUGUUCUCAUCUGCUGUGCUUUCUUCAUCAUCUUUGGGAUUUUAGGGGUCCAGCUUUUUAAAGGCAAGUUCUACUACUGUGACGGCCCUGAUGUCAAAAACAUCACCACAAAGGCUGACUGCACCAACGCUCACUACAGAUGGGUCCGGAGGAAGUACAACUUCGACAACUUGGGGCAGGCCCUGAUGUCCCUGUUUGUCCUCUCCUCCAAGGACGGCUGGGUGAACAUCAUGUACGACGGGCUGGAUGCCGUGGGCAUUGACCAACAGCCCAUCCAGAACCACAACCCUUGGAUGCUGCUCUACUUCAUCUCCUUCCUGCUCAUCGUCAGCUUCUUCGUGCUCAACAUGUUCGUGGGGGUGGUGGUGGAGAACUUCCACAAGUGCCGGCAGCACCAGGAGGCGGAGGAGGCGCGGCGCCGGGAGGAGAAGCGGCUGCGGCGCCUGGAGAAAAAGCGCAGGAAAGCCCAGCGCAGGCCCUACUACGCCGACUACUCCCCGGCCAGGAGGUCCAUCCACAGCCUGUGCACCAGCCACUACCUCGACCUCUUCAUCACCUUCAUCAUCGGCGUCAACGUCAUCACCAUGUCCAUGGAGCACUACAACCAGCCCAAGUCCCUGGAUGAAGCCCUCAAGUACUGCAACUACGUGUUCACCAUCGUCUUUGUGUUCGAGGCACUGCUCAAGCUGGUGGCCUUUGGAUUCCGGAGGUUCUUUAAGGACAGGUGGAACCAGCUGGACUUGGCCAUAGUGCUGCUGUCCAUCGUGGGGAUCACCCUGGAGGAGAUCGAGAUGAACGCCGCCCUCCCCAUCAACCCCACCAUCAUCCGCAUCAUGAGGGUGCUCAGGAUUGCCAGAGUGCUGAAACUGUUGAAAAUGGCCACGGGCAUGAGAGCUCUGCUGGACACGGUGGUGCAAGCCCUGCCCCAGGUAGGGAACCUUGGCCUACUUUUUAUGCUCCUGUUUUUUAUCUAUGCUGCCCUGGGAGUGGAAUUGUUUGGCAAGCUGGAUUGCAGUGAGGAGAACCCCUGUGAGGGCCUGAGCCGCCACGCCACCUUCACCAACUUCGGCAUGGCCUUCCUCACCCUCUUCAGGGUGUCCACGGGGGACAACUGGAACGGGAUCAUGAAGGACACGCUGCGGGAGUGCACGCGGGAGGACAAGCACUGCCUCAGCUACCUGCCCGUCAUCUCCCCCGUCUACUUCGUCACCUUCGUCCUCAUCGCCCAGUUCGUCCUGGUCAACGUGGUGGUGGCAGUGCUGAUGAAGCACCUGGAGGAGAGCAACAAGGAGGCCAAGGAGGACGCUGAGAUGGAUGCUGAGAUCGAGCUGGAGAUGUCCAGAGGGACCGGCGGGAGCAGGAGCGGGGCCGGGGAGAGCCGGGCGCUGCACGGGAACCUGGAGCACCCCAAGGGCAAGCACCAAGGCCUGGGCAGUGCAGGCUCGCUGAGGGCCCAGGACUCGCAGACCCUGCUGACAGUCAGGAAGAUCUCCGUGUCCAGGAUGCAUUCCCUGCCCAACGACAGCUACAUGUUCCGGCCCGUCGCCCCGGCCACGGCCCCGCUGCCCCUGCACGAGGUGGAGAUGGAAACCUACCCCUGCAAAGCCCAAAGAGGAUCCAUCACCUCCAUCCGCUCCCAGCCCGUGGGGGGCAGCUCCUCGCUCAGGGUGCCCGCGGAGGCCGCGCGCUGCCCCGGCCAGGACGGGCGGCACCGCUGGAAGGGGCUGGGUCCCCACGGCACCCCCCGGGCUCCUGCUCUCAGCAAGCUGCUCUGCAGACAGGAGGCCGUUCGGACAGACUCGGUAGAUGGACAGACUCCAGAGCACAAAGACAGCCAGCAAGCAGAGCCUGGAGAGCCCCAGCCAUCAGCAAAGCAGCCCCAGAGCACCCUCACCCCCAGCCCUCUCCAUUCCCCCCUCCCGGCCACCCCUCCACGCUCGCCCCCAUCCUCCCCACACCGGCCCCUGGGCCCCCUGGCACGGAAGCACACAUGUGGCCAGCACAGCGUUCCCAGCCGGCCACCCAGCCCCAGCAGCCCCCCUGGCCCCGAGGGCUGCCCAGGCGAGCCCUCAGACCUGGCUGACGAGGAGGUUCGGCACAUCAACAGCUCAGCCAAAGACUGGGCGGAGGAGCACUCGGACCCCGGCAGCCGCUCCACCUCGCCCUUCACCUCCCCGGCCCCGUCCCCCGUGCCCCUCAAGAACUGCAGCACAAGCAGCCUCUCCCGCAGGGAGAAGGACUUGAAGAAGUUCUACAGCACCGACACCAAGGGCUUCCUCAGCAAGCCCAGCUGGGCCGACGAGCAGCGGCGGCAUUCCAUCGAGAUCUGCCCCUCCGGCGGCGCCCCCGACCGCGGCUGCCAGGAGCCCACCGAGGACAAGCAGCGGCCCCCCGGCCACGUCCAGCCGGAGGCCGACUACAUCCACGGAACCCGGAGGAAGAAGAAGAUGAGCCCGCCCUGCAUUUCUAUAGAUCCUCCCAUGGAGGACGACGGAGCAGCGGCCCCACGCGCCAAACCCUCCGAGAACACCCUGCUGCGGAGGAGAACCCCGUCCUGCGAGUUCCCGGCCUACCGAGAAUCCCUGGAGCUCCCGGAGAGCCGAGGGGAGCACCUCAGCAUCCCCAACUUCUCCUUCGAGCAGCUGGACGGUGGCUCCUUGAGCAGCCUCUCGGAGCUGCUGGACAGCGGGCAGUCCACGCCGGCCUCCGUGGACUCGCGGCCGGACGCUGAGCCGAGAAAACAGGAUCACUUAAAAACUCAGCGGGGCAACGGCAAAGAGGGGGGCAAAGAGCUGCUGGGCACUGCCAAGAGCCCCCUGCGCAAGCAGGACUUGGGCCCCGUGACUGCUGCCACAGAAGAAGGCACGGAUGACCCAGUAUAGCUGCUGGGAUGGGGGACAGGGGGGGUCUCAAGGGCUUGUCACCAAUGUGGGCGUUCCAAAGCGAGGGGAGCCAGGGGUCAGGGGUGGCCGUCACUGGGGCCGUCCCCUCGCUGCGGUCGCUCGUUGGGAAGAGCUGUGGAAGUUUGCAAAAAAACCACACACACACACACACACACACACACACACACACACACACACACACACACACACACACGUGGAAAAAUGAAAAAGAAACCAAACGAGCGGCUGGACGAAACUGGGGAGGGGGUUUGGGGGGAUUUGGCAAGAGGUUUUGGGGUUUCUUUUCUAAGGGGAAGGUGGAGUUGAUGCAGGGGUGGCUUCGUUCCUCCCACCCCGCUCCGUGGCCUCGAUCACAUUGAUUCGGGUCUGAGCUGGUGGUGGUUGGGAUCUGGGGGGAUUCUCUUGGGCUUUUGUUGUUUUGUUGAGUUUGGUUUUUGUUUUUAUUUUAAAGAUGCUCAACUUUUCCUGAGGCACCUUUUUGAGCUGUCCCGUUACGCUGGAGUGCCUGGGAGCUGGACAUUGUCUGUAUAUCAGCAGUUCUAUAAAUAAAAAUUCUGUAUUUGUGAGCUACAAAAUGAGGAAACAAACAAACAAACAAACAAAAACCUGGAAAAAAAAAUAGACCCACAUAAACUCUCUCUUCAUAAUGCACAUAUUUUUAUAGAGAAACAGAGAUGCUGUUUUUUGCAUUACAUGGGUGGUGUUUCCUUGGGUUUUCUGUGGAAUUAAUUAUUCCAGCCAUUCAUUUUCCAAAUGUUUCUCCUCUUUCCUCGCUUCCCUGCCCUCCACCAUCACCCCACCAGCUUCUUCUCACAACUGAUGCUUCUGACAUCUCGCUCAUUUUCUUUUGUACUUUAGAGGUUGUCCUAAUUACAGACAAAAAACCAAAUCACUACUGAAUUGUAGCCAGUGCAAUAAUAAGUUAUUCAUUCUUCUUGUCUGUCCAACUGUCCUGUUGCUUUUCCCCCCCCCUUUUUUUUUAACUGAAAUUCAGGUUAAAUGUCGCAAUAAUCUGAACUAACGUGCACAAAGACGGUUUCUUGUGUUACAAAGAGAAAAAACUAAUGAAAAAAAGGAAAAAUAACUACAUUUACAGAGAGAUUAAAAAAAAACCUGAACAAAUAAAUAGUAAAUUAUUUAAGAAAUGUAUUUUGUUUACUGCAGUUCUAAGUAAAUUAUUGAUACAGUGUGUAAAGGUGUAAAGAGCUGUCGUAGGUGAUGUUCUUUGUGAGCAUUUAAGGUGAUGAUUUGUCCUCCUGUGGCAGAACAACUCCGACCCCUCGGGGCAGUUUGCACUCCCUGUCCCUCCCUUCCCAUCCCCGGACACAUUCCCUUCCCAAGGCCCUUCCACAAGCCUCUGGAGGAAUCCAGGUCACCUUUUAACACCACUUUGGGGGGAUUUUUUUGCAGCUUUUUUUUUUUUUUUUUUUUUCCCUCCUUCCCCACCCUUCCUGCAGGCCCUGUGUCCAUGGCCCAGCUUUCCCAGGGGAAAUAGGAGCAGGAAGGAGCCCGUGGACACCCAGGGGGGAACAAACCCAUCCAGUCGUUUCCGUUUGGUUCCUUCCAUGCCGCCUCAUAUUUAUGCCUUCACAUUUAUCUUCUGUUAUCGAUGCAUCCAUUACUCCAAAGGAAAUGUAUCUUGUUUCACAUCUAUUAAACUGUAUAAACUGGAA